AUGGAUAAAACCCGUCAAGACUCCGGUUCAAAUGCCCACAGUGUUACUGGCACACCCACUAUCCAACAAACCAGUCGAAGAACCCAAACAGGAGCUGCAAUUAGAACACAAGUCGCAAUUGCAACGCAGUCAAACUUUUUUGAGCUUUUUGGAGAGUUCCCGCCCGAAUUGAAAACAAAGAUCUUGAACAUCGCCGCCCGUGAGGUUCCUCGUACCAUCGAGAUGAUACCACAAGGAAACCAUCGAGGAUACACACCUGCGCUACUUGGAGUCAGUCAUAUGGCCCGCGAAGAGGCUUUGAAAGUUUACAAUGCGUUGCUACCAGGAUCUCCACAGCCUGUCUACUUCAACCCGGACAACGAUACCCUUAUAUUGAAUAUUGCACUAACGAUGGCAACGAUUUUUCGAAUAGCACCACCUGUGUUAUUGUCAACUGCAUUAGCACCACCUGCAUUAGCACCAAUCGUAUUGCCACCACCUGGAUUGACGCCAAUUGCAUUGCCACCAAUCCCAUUACCGCCAGCUGCAUUGACGCUGAUUGCAUUACCACCACCUACGAUGAUUUCAUUUUCAUUAACAGCACCUGCCCUGGAUAGAUUUACGUUUGUCGAAAUCCUUGACCCUAGUAACAUGCCCGACGUCCCGGAAUGGAUGGCUUCCAUGGGAAUCAAAUCGUUUGUAGUUAGGUUAGGAUUUUGA